AUGCCGUCCCAUGGCGCAAAGCGAAAGGCGCAAACGGGAAGAAGCGCUACCGGCGGCAGUGUCCCCUCCGCCGUGGCAUCGCUCGCGUCGGGCCCAGGGUCAGAUCCGCUCCGGCAACCGCACCCCUUCCACGAAGAGGCGGAGCGGCACGGCAUCGUCCUACGAGAAUUUUACCCGCCGGAGAUGAGCAAUGCCCGGGCGCGCACAUACCAGGCGGGCGAGAUCCCGCGUCCGAUCGAGCAGCUGGACGCGGCCCUGCAAGACACCUUGCGGGAGCGGGAGAAUGUGCAGGUGAAGGAUGCUGUGGUGCACUGGUUCAAGACGGACCUGCGGACGGCCGACAACCACGCGCUGUCCUGCGCGAGCCAGAAGGCGAGGGAGGCUGGUGUGACCUUGAUCACCAUGUACCUUGUCAGUCCGCAGGACUUGGAGGCGCAUGUGGUGGCACCCGUCCGUGUCGACUUUGUCUUGAGGUCGCUGAGGAUUCUGAGGGAUGACCUGGCCAAGCUGGACAUCCCACUCUACGUGGAGACGGUGGAGGAGAGGAGGCAGAUUCCCGCCAGGAUUGCCGAGCUGAUGGAGUCGUGGGGCGCCAGCCACUUGUACGCUAACAUGGAGUACGAGGUGGACGAGCUCAGGAGGGAGGCGAAGCUGGUCAGGAUGCUCGCCGAGAAGGGCAUGUGCAUGGAGAUCAUACACGAUACCUGCGUUGUGCCACCGGGUCAGCUCCGGACCGGUGCCGGUAAGCAGUAUGCGGUGUACACGCCCUGGUUCCGGUCGUGGAUGGCACACCUUCGAAAGGAGCCCGGGCUUCUGGAGCUUGGUGAACCGCCGGUCAGGAAUCCUGAGUCGGCGAGAAGGACUUUCGGACACGUGUUCGACUCCGAAAUUCCAGUGGCUGUGAGUAACAAGACGCUGGCCGACGAGGACGCUGUCCGACUCCGCGCGCUAUGGCCAGCCGGGGAACAUGAGGCCAAGAAGCGCCUCGAUGCGUUCUGCAAGCAGCGGAUAGGCCACUACGACAGGAAACGAAAUUUUCCGGCGGAAGCAGCGACAUCGUCGCUCUCGGUCCAUCUCGCAAGCGGAACGCUGAGUGCCAGAACCGCAGUGCGUACCGCCAGGGACCGAAGUGCGGGAGGCGAGGGCACCCAGACAUGGAUCAGCGAGGUGGCGUGGAGGGACUUUUACAAGCAUGUGCUCGUGAACUGGCCGUACAUAUGCAUGAACAAGCCCUUCAAGCCGGAGUACUCCAACAUCACAUGGUCGUACGAUGAAGCCCACUUCGCAGCAUGGUGCGAAGGCCGCACCGGGUAUCCCAUCGUCGACGCGGCGAUGCGCCAGCUACAGGAUAUGGGCUGGAUGCACAACCGGUGCCGCAUGAUCGUCGCCUCCUUCCUCAGCAAGGAUCUACUCAUUGACUGGCGCAUGGGCGAGCGUUUCUUCAUGGAGCAUCUGAUUGACGGCGACUUCGCGUCCAACAACGGCGGCUGGGGGUUCUCGGCCUCGGUCGGCGUCGAUCCGCAGCCCUACUUCCGCAUCUUCAACCCCAGGCUUCAGAGCGAGAAAUUUGAUAAGGACGGCGAUUACAUCCGGAAGUGGGUGCCAGAGCUGCGCGGUAUCAAGAGCAGUGCCAUCCACGAGCCGUAUGCGAGAGGUGCCGGUGCUCUGGCUAAGAAGAAUGGGUAUCCCGAACCAGUCGUCGACCAUAGCGCUGCUAGGGAAAGAGCCUUGACCGCGUACAAGGAGGGCAUUGAAAGCGGUUUGUAG